AUCAGAAGAAAAAAAGAAAAGAAAAGAAGAAAACAGCUAGUGCUUCGUGGAUGUGGGAGGAGAAGAAUCGACAAUCCCUUCGUUCCCAGCAAGCAUCAAAUACUUGUCCCGCCUCGUCAGCGACGUGCACUCAAAUCCCAACACCCCGCCGAGCUGCCUCUGUAUGUAAUUCGCCACUUCCAAGCUCGACUUCCCGCCGCCGCCGCACGUCAUCGCCGCCGGCAGCUUCUCCAGGAUCCGAACAGAGUAUCUUGGGCGCGGGUUCAUCAGAAAGAAGAUCGGGUCCAAACACUUCAACCCGCUCGCCGUGGUCCCGUAGAACAUGCCGACCGUUGUGUUCACCGCCACGGGGACGAUCUCGUCGCUGAGCUCGGCGAACAGCGAGCUGAAUCGGAGCAGGUACGGCUCCCGGCAAGUGG